AUGGCUAUGGCUAGACCAUUUCAUGCUUGGCAGGAGUUCCCAGUGCCUCAUCGUCUGGAAGACUUUGCCAGACGCCUUAAAGCAGCCUUGAACUCGACACUCCCAUCCGAAACCCGAUACGAGAAAGUAUCGGUGCUUGCCCUUCGAUGGGCGAAUGAUCAGAUGGGGGUGGAUCGCCUGGAAGCCCAACUUCUCCAGAUUCUCCACGACAAGUACCAAUACGACGUAGAGAGCUUCGUGAUCCCCACAGCAGAGUGUGCAGGCAAACUGUCCCUGAAACUCUCAAACUGGUCAAAUACACACUCUGGUCAGGGCACACUGCGAAUUUACGUGUACACCGGGCAUGCCGCUGGAGCAACUUUGGAUAGAUGGUACCUUGGAGGAACGGUGAAUGCCCAUGGAGACCUAAACGGUCCUAGGGUUGAUUGGAACACCCUUCGCGCUGGACCAGAGGGAUUUUUGGGUGAUGUAUGCUACCUCUUUGGUUGUUGCUCGGCAGGGCCCAUCGCCAUGGAGGAUGGACCAGAGACAAUCUUUUCUUUCACCCAAGACCUCAUCGACGUUCUCCAAGACCUAAACGGAGACGCGGAAACUUUGGCUGGGAUUCACGCGAGAAUGUUUCGAAACGCACGGCAAAAUCAGGCCAGUGCGCCCCCGGUCUACAUCCCCAAGAACGGGGCAAGUAGUAUAACACUUGCGCGCUUGGGUCUGAACCGAGUUAUCACGAGAAGACAACUGCGUGUCGAGCACCGCGUGUUGCUGAGCAUCAGAAUCCGUGACCAGAUUCGAGAGUCGGAUCUCCAACAGUGGACUCAAUGGUUAACAAACAACAUCCCAUCCGACCUCGUCUCGGCGGACGUCAAAAUCGAGUCGGUUUUCCACUCCGAAGUGCUUCUGGUGACCGUUCCGGUGGAAAUCUGGAUUAUGCUCCCGGGAGAUGAUCCUUCUAUCUCUUUCGUUGCGCAUGUGACCUCCAACAAUGUCCUCCCCCAGUUGGAGAGGAGCCCUAUUCCUCCACUUCCCUUCCGGCCCCUCCUGACCGAUGAUUACUAG